UCUCGAUUGUGUUCGGAUUCAGGCUGGACUGGCACAUGGGUCAGAUGAAGGUCAUGCCUAUCGCGCAGCUGAUUGUGAUAGAUCGCCAAGCGUGCCCGAUUUAGACCUGUUUCGGAACGGCGAUGGCUGACGUCGCAAGCCACGGGGCCUCGAGCAGCGCAUACAGACACUCUUUUCUCUGUUGUUCCUACACAGUUCAUUCUUUGCAGCGUUCUACGAGCAGUACUAUCCUUCAGCAUCCACCAUGGCCGGCGGCCGGCCCCUCCUCGCUAGCCGCAACUCAUCCGAGAUCUCGAACGAGCGCGACCUCGCCGAAGAAGACGCCCUGCUCACCGGCCGUCCUACGAAGCGCCGCAGCGAUGGGCGGAGAUCGUGGUCAUUCUGGCGAGAAGUCGGCCUCUUCGUGUGGGCCGUCGUCGCGACCGCCUUCGUCAUUGUCCUCGCCGUCGUCUACCAGAAGUCGCAAGAUUCGAAGCACAGCAGCCCCGCCCCGAGCGGCAAGCGCAACCUGAUCUUCAUGGUGUCGGACGGCAUGGGUCCGACGAGCCUGAGUCUGACGCGCAGCUUCAUGCAGUUCCAGAACGGCGCGCCGUGGAGCGAGCAGCUCGUCAUCGACCAGCACUUGAUCGGCCAGUCGCGCACGCGAUCAAGCUCGUCGCUCAUCACCGACUCGGCGGCUGGUGCAACCGCCUUCUCCUGCGCUACCAAGAGCUACAACGGCGCCAUCUCUGUGACUCCGGACCACGAGCCGUGCGGCACCGUGCUGGAGGCGGCCAAGAAGGCGGGCUACAUGACGGGCUUGGUCGUGACCACCAGGAUUACCGACGCGACCCCGGCCUGCUUCGCGGCUCAUGUGCACCAGCGUGGAGAAGAAGACCGCAUUGCCGAGCAGAUGGUGGGAGAUUAUCCCCUCGGCCGCAUGGUUGACCUGAUGUUUGGCGGUGGACGCUGCCAUUUCCUGCCCAACUCCGCCGAGCAUUCGUGCAGAGGAGACAACAAGGACGUGGUCGAGUUGGCCAAGAAAAACGGCUUCAACUACAUCGGCAAUCGCAAAGCCUUCGACGACUUGAAGGGCGGCAGCGGCCUUGAGUUCCCCAUGCUCGGGCUCUUCGCAGAGACAGACAUCCCGUACGAGAUCGACCGCCGCAACGAAACCGAUGUCUAUCCCUCGCUUCACGAGAUGGCAGAGGUGGCCCUCAACGCACUCAGCGAAGCGACCAGAGACAGCGACAAGGGCUUCUUCCUCAUGAUCGAGGGCUCCCGCAUCGACCACGCCGGCCACCACAACGAUCCCGCCGCCCAGGUCCACGAAGUCCUCGCCUACGACAAGGCCAUGACCAGCGUCCUCAACUUCCUCAAGAACGACCCCACCGAAGGCAUUAUGGUGUCGACCUCUGACCACGAGACUGGCGGUCUCGCCACUGCCCGCCAACUCCACGUGUCCUACCCCGAAUACGUCUGGUUCCCCGCCGCCCUCGCCAACGCCACACACUCCGCCGAACGCCUCGCCGCCGAAUACAUGGGCUACUUCAACAACCACCCGGACACCUCAGCGCGCACGGCCUUCGUGACCGCCUCCAUCGAGCAAGGCCUCGGCAUCUUCGACCACUCGGAGGACGAGGUCUCCAACAUCGCGAACGACCCCGCCUCCGCUCUCUACCGCUACGCAGACAUGAUCAGCCGCCGCUCCCAGUCCGGCUGGUCCACCCACGGGCACUCCGCCGCCGACGUCAAUAUUUACGCGAGCGACGCUCAGGCGGCGGCGCCGCUGGUGGGGAAUCAUGAGAACACCGAGGUGGGGAGGUUCUUGAAGGAGUAUUUGGGCGUGGACGUGGAUGCGGUGACGAGCGAGUUGAAAAAGAAGGAUAAGGAGCUGAAGAUGCUUGGUGAGGUCGGGGAUGGCUGGAUGGGCAAGAUACCCGAGGAGGGGCAGAGGCUGGAUGGACAGACGCAUCUGGCGAGCUACAGUGGGGAUUUCAAGAAAAGGGGGGUUGAGCAUGGAGAUGCGUGUGGGUGUGGGCACUAGCCAGUCGCCCGCCUGGAACUUUCCUGUAUAAGACUAUGUUUGAUUAGCAUUUCUGGCGUUUUGCGCGGGAACUAGAUCAUGAUACCGGGUUUGUAUAUAAACCCAUGGUUUCUGGAUAUGUAAAUUGCGGCUAUGCGUGUUUUUCAAAUUGUAUAGUCUUGACAAGAGUCUCAUGCUUUGCCUUGGACAUUCAAUAUUACAUCAUGCU